CUCUUUCUAAGAAAAGCGUCAUUUUCUUGGAAGUUGCCGCACCCUGUCCGCGACCACGUCCCUCAUAUUGAUUGCUCGGAGAGCGGCGGAAAGGAAGCUUGAGAAAGGCGUCCGUCUUGCGUUAGAGAUCACUUUACGACCUUACGACAUCAUGCGCCACAGCGGCGUCAUCGUUUUCAUUGCAGUUUGUGCUUCGGCAAUACCGUCCAGUAGAAGCCAGGACUUCAGCUCAUGUCGAAACCUUUCCACGGACAUCACAGGGUGUUCAACGGAGUUCCUACAAGGAAUAUCUACGAAUGGACUUUUCACAGACUUCACCAAAGGCUUUAAUUUGACAUCUGCCAUAUCAGGUUCCUUCUGCCAGUCAAGCACCAAAACUGCUAUCCUUGACUUCUAUGGGUGUAUAUAUGAGAAGCUCCUCGCCUGCCUCUCAUCUGAUUGGCAAAAAGUACUCCCAUCCCUUGACCAAAGAAAACAGUCCUUUGACUACAUGUGUGACAACAUCAAUGAUGUGGACCUUACAUGUGUAGGAACUACUGAGAAUGCAGGAGCCCUACUGAACUGUUUAAAGCAGGGAACCAAAGGAGGUUUUAAUUUAUCCACGCCUGAUGGAUAUCUCGCAUUCGUCUGCAGUGCAUCACAGCUGUACGAAAGCUGCACUAAGACAGCCUAUGGUUCCUGUCCGAAGAGAACUGCAGAGGUCCUGGUAGAAAUAGACAAGUUAACCAGACCGGCUGGCUGUGACGCUUGUGUCUCCCAGCCGUCUCUCCUCCUGUUGGCCUCAGUGCUGGCUUUCAUGAUGGCUUUGUUCAAGUAGAUACCCAGGCAUUCACCGCCACAGUUAUGCUUGUACUGCUAGUUUCAUUUGAACAUAUUUCAAAACAGGGAAAGCGAAAAAUGUUGACAUAGCAACAUAGCCACAGACUGAUCGUUUCUUUAAUCUCAUAGAGGUAAGAACUGCGUGCUGCAGUUUGCUGGGCAGUAGAUAGCAUCGGGGUGGGUGGGGGUGGGUGGGGUUGGGGUUGUGUGUGUCCGUUAUCCUUCCCAUAUCUGUCAAUGUAUCGGAUGCUACCAACUGGGAGUCAUGGUUGUUUGUUUAUUAUAUCAAUAAAGGAAGGGAGAUCAACAUAUGGCAAUGACAUUUUGCACAACCUGUUGGUGAACUCGAAUCUCUCCCCCUGUUUCGAUUUCAGGUGUUCCCGGUGUGUUGUAACUUCUGGUUUGUUGUAUGCUAGGGUACAAUUGAUCAACGAGGAAUGUCAGGGUUAAUGAUUGGUUUAAAGUACAGGUAUGAUCUCAGUUACUUGUCUUUGUCAGUACAUAACGAUAUAUCGUAUCCUUUUGUAGAGGCCAGUGUACUUGUAGGAUGCUGUUUUCACCAUACGUUUGGCCUGGUCCCGACUCCGUUAUGUACUGACCCGAGUGACCAACGUCCUGCAACUGGUAGUACUUGGAUUAGGGUACGCAUGUGUGGAAGUGCGGCAUCUAUAUAAAUAUAUCAUUGUGUGGUACUAUCCAGGAUCCGGGGGUUUCACUGUUUUGAAAUAUGUUCGUCCGCUUUUCUGCAGUAAUUUUAAGUGCUUAGUAGUUAGAAAAUUCUAAGUUUGUAUCCAGUUCCUUUGAUUUUUAAUGUACUCUACAUCUUACACGCUUAGAACUACUUCCAGCAUCUGGAUAUAUAUCCCACGUUCCCAGAUAUCAUGAUCCGUGUUCUGUCGUGAAAGAAGUUAAAGUUUUAAUGUUUUUCAGGUAAUCCAUCAUCUCGAAUACAACUGAUGGUUUAGGAAGCCUUAGUAACUUAGUCAUUAGAGUUUACAGAAGUCAUCUGUUGUCUUCAUCCAUAUUGUGGGAUUCAGAUCGUAAAAACACCCCUGACACUCAACAUAAGUAAUGUAAUGUGUUUAUUGUCUUACAGCAAUUUUGUUUAAUUAUAUUUCAAAACUCUUCACAAUCAUUAAUUCUUGAUGCUGUGUUUCUCAGUUUCGUGUUUUGGGGACACAGGUUUCAAGAUUUGUUUCUGUUACUUCUUCAGCUCAGAUUCAGAUUGUUUCUGCUUAUAAUCAAUCAAAAAAUAAAUUGCUAUUGUUUUAGAAAUU